CCAUUCCGUACCUUUCCCAUUUCUUUUCCAAUUCAUUUCCUCCCUGUCCCUUUUCGUUUGCUGUUUCAGCCAUCCAAUCACACUACAAGAAGCUUGUACAAUGUCGUUUAGUCAGUUUCACAAUCCAAGUACGCUUGCGGGGGAUCCCUGGGAUUCAGGACUUCGCGACACAGAUGGAUCAAUUAUGUAUGAGACUGAUUGGAAAGUUCUCCGCGACGAGAUAAUCCGCCGUAAUGACGCUGAAACACUGAAACAAUACAUUGAGAAAUAUCCGGAAACCGGGCUGGAACCGGAACCGGUGUACUAUUACCCUGAGGUGUUUUUUGUGGCUACGCGGCAUGGAUGUGUUGACGCUCUUCGUGUACUGCUGGCUUACUACCAUGCCAAUUUGGAUAAGGCAGUGCCACUUGAGGAAAGAGAUAUAGUCUUGCUAAACAUCGCCUGCCGGUACGCGCAGCUGGAAACAGUACAUUUUCUACUGGACAGCCAGCCCCCGCUGGGAAACAUUCGCGACAAAUCUUCCGAGGGUGAAACGGCCCUCCUAAGCGCGGCAAAGUCUUUUACAUGGCUGGACAAGGUGACUAGUGACCAGAUUGAAGAACACCUGGCCCGAAGCGAACAAUUGAUGUAUAUGCUUCUCGACAGAGAUGCUUCAGUCCACGAUGUCACUAUAGCCCGGAACGAAUAUAACACUAGUCUCCCUCCGCAACCGCGCAACACUGUUCUCAGCCUGGCCAUUUCUAGAGCUAGCUACAAGCUAGUGAAACGUCUCAUUGAACAAGGAGCCAAUGUUCAUACCAAACAGGAGCAUGCGGACGCUAGAUUUGGGUUUGAAACUGAUCUCCGGGAUGUUACCGCACUUCACUAUGGAAGCAUCUACUGGAAUAUAGAGGGGGUCCGGGCGUUGCUGGAUCAUCCGGGUAAUGCCAAAAUUGCAGACAUAGUAUCGGUUCGUGAUAGUUUUGGAAUGCUACCAUUGCACUGGGCAGCUAUAGGCGAUGAUACACGGGAACAAGAGAGAUAUUUCAGAGAAGACGAAAUUCUCCCUAGGUAUAUUGAUAUCCUCAAAAUAUUAUUGACUGCCAAUCCGAGCACUAUCAAUAUGCAGGAUAACGAAGGGUCCACAGCCUUGCACUAUGUGGUAAUUAACUAUGUGGACACUAACAGAAAAGGUCUAAAGGAUAUUAUCCAAUUCCUAUGUGAGAAUGGUGCCGAUGCGAGUAUAUCAAACUAUGAAGGGCAAACAGCGUUACAUUUAUUAGCUCUAUGCUCUCGAGACUGUGAUCCUAUUGACACAGCUGUCAUAGAUUUAUUGAUUGCACAUGGCCUCGACAUCCACCAGACCGAUAAAUCCGGUGCCACGGCUCUCCACGCGAUGUCAAUGUGUUUACGACAGAUUCCGAUACUAAAGUAUCUUCUUAAACUCGGGGCGGACGCAACGAUUCAAGACUCAGAAGGAAAUAUGCCUCUUCAUAAACUUAUGACACGUCCGUACUUAAGGACAAAGAAUGUGACACUGGCUGAAAGGAUAGCAGCGCUGGACAAGAUUACGGUAGCCCUACAGGAAGCUGGCAAGGUUAAUAUGAUGAACCAGCCAAACGCUGCAGGGCAAACACCUCAACAACUACGUGCGAAAAUAGUGGCUAUGUGGCAGAAAGCGGAAGAGCAUAGAAUUGAACGAGACACUAGAGGGGUUCAAGGUUAUGGCCACUGAAUCCUGUUGAACAUAGGCACUGUAUUGGAGUG